AUUGAGGAAAUUGAGAAAGUGAUAAAGUCAGGGUUAAUCACUAUCGAAUUUGUAAUUUUUAUCAUAUGCGAGUCUCAUUAUCUUAAUUUUAAGGGUGAUUAAAUACUUACUUUCUAAUUUUACCAACUUUCUCACUUUACAAGAGUUUAAUCCAUUGUUUUCUCUUUGACGGUUAAUCCAUUGUUAUAUAGUGGGUUAUGGUUAAAUCUGGCAAUAUGAGUUGGCUUCCAUUUUUAUUUAUUUGAACUAGUUUUUUUUCGGUGGGGGGAGGGGUUAUGGAGUAUGUUUUCUCUUCAAUACUAAUUAUUGAGGCAUGUCUAUAUAUAGCUGCAUGAUUGUAGUUUUUAGGUCCCACAAUAUCCAGUUUAAGAAAUCUUUUUAAUGGAAAAUGGAAAAUAACACCAUGAACUACUAACAAUUGAUUAUGAAACCCGUCUUGACGUUGUGUAUUACAUUCAACUAACUAACAGUCAACUCUAAACAAAUCAAACUACCAGUCUCUAGUCUUGUUCUUUGUUAAGUUCCACAUGAAUCAUUGUAGUUAGCAGUUUCCUUGAUCUAGAAUACUAUUUCUUCAUAAGUUUCUCUUUCUUUUGUUGUAAACUUCAAAACAAAUAAUAUUUUCAACCUAUCAGUAUGGCAAGGCCUGGAAAUAAGAUCAUUCAAGCCAAGCUGGUACUUCUUGGAGAUAUGGGAGCUGGAAAGACCAGUUUAGCACUAAGAUUUGUAAAAGGCCAAUUCUUUCUUAACCAGGAACCAACCAUUGGAGCUGCAUUCUUCACUCAAAUAUUGUCAUUAUCCGAAGCAACAGUGAAGUUCGACAUAUGGGAUACAGCAGGACAGGAACGGUAUCAUAGUCUGGCUCCUAUGUACUACCGUGGUGCAGCAGCUGCAAUUGUUGUUUAUGAUAUCUCAAACAUUGAUUCAUUUGUUCGAGCCAAAAAAUGGGUUCAGGAGUUGCAGAGACAUGGAAGUCAGAAGUUGGUGAUGGCAUUAGUGGCAAACAAAUCUGACUUGGAGCCGAAGAGAGAGGUUGAAACUGAGGAAGGAGAGCAAUAUGCUCAAGAGAAUGGAAUGUUCUACAUGGAAACAUCUGCUAAGACUGCAGAGAACAUCAAUGAGCUUUUCUAUGAAAUAGCUAAGAGACUAGCAAGAGCUUUUCCACCGAAGCCUACAGGAAUGUUGUUGAACAGCGAAGUACAAGAACGAGGGAGAAAAUUCUUUUGUUGCUCAACAUGAUAUCCCACUAUGCAUUGGAAUCAAGAAACAGAGUAACGAAUGGUUUCAAGGUGUAUUUAGUUUCCUCUCUAUGUAAACAAUUUCAUAUGUAAUGAUAAACUCAGAUUAAUCAUCCGUAAGCUUAUGGCC